AUGCUCGCCCUCCGUCGAUUGGUCCCUGUUACCCGAUCUUUCCACACCUCGGCCAUUGCGUACCGCAAGCAGAAGGCGGCCGCUCCGGCUGAGGAGGUCUCUUUCGACGAUGACCUUUUCGCCGGUGCUUCGGAGGAGGUUGUAUCUGAGGGUAGCGGUGACCGCGCCGACCGUCGCCGGGAGUACAUCAACAACAUUACCGACGGGACUGUGGAGAGGGCUGGCGAGCUCCGGAAAGUCAUUCAGCUGAGCGACAACGAGGCGCAGCUCGAGGAGCUUGACCGUGUGCUGCGGGCAUGGCGUGUUCUUGGCCGCAAGGUUUCCAACCAGACUGCCAAGGAGCUUGUUGGACGUUGCAUCAACCUCGGCCGCCCCGACCUCGCCCAGAAGUAUGUCAACGACCGUCUUCAGUACGGUGUUCCCACCAUUCCUAACAGCUUGAGGAAGAAGUUCGAGGACAAGCUCAGCACUGUGGCCAAGGCCGCUGAGGCUCCCUCUGCCGCUCAGGCUGAGGGCGAGGCGACGGCAUAA